CCCCGAGCGGCGACCACAGGAGCCAGUGAGUCCACGGGAGCAGCCGCAGCCCGUGGCGAGCAUCGUCUCGGGGCGUAAAAGCUUCAGCUCCGUCCCGAAAGUAUGACGAACGGUGCUUAAACAGCCAGCCUUUCACUGCGAUCCGCAAAGCAGGCCGAUCUCAAAGAGGUGGAGACUGCACAAUGUAGGCAGGCUGGUCGCCAGUGGGACUCCAUACUGCUCUCUGGGGGACCAUGGAGCCAGAAGGGCGACCCCUCACCCCAGGGACCAGCUAUGGGCCCCCACCCUUCAACUCAGCACAAAACCCUGUCACCUCCACCUUCCUCAACUGCACCUUACAGUCCUCAUGUUCUCCAAAUGUGAAAGAUGGCCUGAUGUCCGCCAAAUGCUCUUGGGGCCACGCUGGAGAUGAGGGCUCCAAGCAGACCGAGGGCACUCCGCCCGAUGCGGACCUGGGGAGGAGCGCACAGAGGAGAUUCAGGUCCUCAGCCUUUCCUUCCUCCCUAAGCUGGGACUCUGACUCUGAGAAAGAAACACUCGAUGAGGAGGAGCUACAGCACUUUUCUAACCCUCAUGGUCUGGCUGCUCACAGCCCAGGAUCUCCUUCUUCUGGACUCAGACUUGAUAGCGAAGAUGACCAAGAAUCUGAAAAGCUGCAGCACUUGCAUCGCAAGACUGACUCGCCUACUCCUGUGGAGGGGCACGACGACAACGAUGAGAGCACAACAGCACAGGAGCCAAAUGCAUCUCAGCUUGGCCCAACAGAAUUGGCAGACAGCAAAGUCUGGAAUGUAUCUGAGGGAGAUGAGCUGUUUCUGGCCAAAGUAAAACCAAAGGACGGUUGCCAAAUGGAGGAGGAGGCAGACAAUAGUGAGGGACCGAAAAGGCCCAAGGGAAAGGAAACAAAGGAGCCUGAGAGAGAUGUGUACAGCUUCCCUGGAGACUCAGACCCUGAGAGUCCCCCUCCUGCCCCCUGGGCUCAUUGCACAUUCAUUCAGCGGUGCAGAAAGAAGAGGGUACUGCUCAGACCCUUCUCCGGACUUGGCACCCUGAAACGCACAUUGCCUGAGACUGGCAAGCGGGCGAGAGCGAGUCCUCAAAAACCAAAACCUGCUGAGCCGGCGCAGCUGAAUCGAGGUGGAGGAGUUUAUGAUUUUGAGGAUGUUAACUUCGGAGAGGGAGCAGUGGAAGAGCCGAUGAAGUUCAGAGACAAAGGAGGGAAAAGAGACAAAGAGGAUGAAAGUGAGGGAGUGCCGGGUAAAGAAAUCUUCACCUGUGUGGAAUGUAGCAUUUACUUCAAAAAGCAGGUCCACCUGCAGGAGCACAUAGUUGAGCACUGUCAGAGUGGUGCAGGUGGUGGCGGCCGUCUAGGAAAGAGCGGCCGUUUUCGGUGUAUUGAGUGUGGAUGGAACCUCCCGACUCGGCUCACACUGGCAGACCACCACAGAAGGCACCAGGAGUCCCGUCUGAAGAUCUUGGAGGAGAUCGAGAAACUGAAUGAAAAUGGGAAGGCGAGAGAGAUUCAGAAACUCGACAGUAAGGUGGUGAAGCAUAUCAGCCCAGACCCAGCUAUUAUGCAAGAUGCAUGCGCAGCCUCGAUUCCAGGCAAAGAGUCAGACCCAGAAAUAGUCACGACUCCACCUCUUUCCCCAGCCCCAGUUUCAACAGCAGACGCAGACCCAGCAGUUCUCGACUCCAACGCAACUGUUUCGAAUUCAGUUCGAACUCCAGCUCAGGCCCGAUCUGUUUCUGCCUACCGCCGCCGCUUUGUCUGCACCAAGUGUAACUUCAGCACAAGAACCUCCCAGGCCCUGGCUAAUCACAGCAAGACCCACAACAGGAAAAAACCCGCUCUCCAGGCUGACCCCCCAUCCCCUGGUUCACCAUCAUGUUUGGCAUCCACUUCCCUGGCCUGUGGUCAUUGUGCCUUCCUGACCUCAAGUCAGACUGUCAUGAGGGAACACCAGAAACUUGCUCACCCUGGACAGGUCUCCAUCAGUGGGGCGCAGGCUGAUGAGACUUCAAGAUCUAAUGUGGGUGCUCGAAUACCAAAACCCGUCGUAGAUUCUGACCAUCUCUCUGGGUCUGGAUCUGGAUCCCUGCCCGAUGCAGCUCAAGGCAAAAGCCAGCAAGAAGUCACUGCCUCUGAGGACAGCACAAUACCGGACAGCGCUGCAGCUCGGCCCACGAGCCGGGUGGUCUUCAAGUGUGCUGGGAACAGGAGAUUCAGCAGAAGAGGGAAGACUUGGACUGAUCCGGCCAAGUUUCGUCCCAAACUGGAUGAUGACAAGCUGUCUGGGAGUGAAGAAGAAGAGCAUGACAAAGAUCAGAGCACAGAGCUUGACAAUGAGUGUUCCCGACAAGAGGCCAACUCACCUGAUGGAGUGAAACCGCACACCAGAGCACGAUCAAACACAGACGAGUGUUCGGCACAGCAGAGAGCUACAUCGUCACUCCCUCCUAAGAAGAGUGCGAUGAAGGACGAAGACAAGCUGGAAGGGGAAAGAGACGGAAAGGUUUUCUUUUUGAGGAGGAGCAACCGGGUUACUGCCGCUCCUGCAGAAAUUGACAGUGAUGAUGAUGACGACGACAUUGACGAGGAACGCGUGCGACGUUUCCUGUCAGAGGGCAUCUUGGAUGAAGACAACGGCGGGAUUGAUGAGGACGCAGAGGCACUCAAGAGCGUGGAGAGGAAAUGCCCCUACUGCCCCGAUCGAUUUCAUAAUGGCAUUGGGCUUGCCAAUCACGUGAGGGGCCACCUGAACCGAGUGGGCGUCAGCUACAAUGUGCGUCACUUCAUAUCCCCCGAGGAAGUUAAUGCGAUUGAGAAGAAGUUCUCCUAUCAGAAGAAGAAGAAAAAAGUUGCCAACUUCGACCCGGACACAUUCAGCGUGAUGCACUGCGAGUUCUGCAGCGCCGGCUUCGACACCCGGGCCGGCCUGUCCAGCCAUGCCCGGGCCCACCUCCGCGACUUCGGCAUCACUAACUGGGACGUCACCAUCUCGCCGAUCCACAUCCUGAGGGAGCUGUUCUCCAGCAGGCCCGACCUUGUAAUCCCCACGGCACCCCCCCGGAGCCCCGGCUCUUCACUGGAGGAGGGUGAGGAGGAAGAGGAAGAGGAAGAGGAAAAAGAGGAGGAAGGGGAGGGAAUCAUUGAGGUAAAGCUGGAGGGGGAGACAAGUGAAAGGACGCCGAGUGCUGCCGCUGCUGAUGCACAGCCGACAGCAUCUCAACACUGCAAGAAGGAGGACUGUGAAGAAGAGUGUGAAGGUGAGGAGGAGGAAGCAGCUGAGGAAGAGGAUGAGGAGGAGCUGCGGCGGCUUCCAGCUCUGGACGGUCUGAGGUCGAGCCCUGGGAAAACGGGGCCGUGCAGCGUGGACGCAGACAGCCUCUCUCCUGGGGAGGAUGCAGACUCCAAGGUCCACAACCUGAAGUGUGAGGUGUGUGGCGCUCUGUUCGAGACCCGGAGGGGACUGUCCAGCCACGCCCGCUCCCACCUGCGCCAGCUGGGCAUCAGUUUGUCAGAGAGCAGCGGGGCACCCAUCAACCUCCUCUACCAAAUUGCCAAGGAGCGCAACGCAGACGGCCAAAUCAGCUCACCUCCCCUGGAGCCGCUUUCAGCCAACAACCCCUCCCCGCCCGUUCCUCGGAAAGAUGAGGAUUUAGAAGACAUGGACUUAGACGAGAAACCCAUCCCUCUCUCCAUCCUGGCCAAAGCAGAGAAAGUGGCGCCGCCCUCUUCCUCCUCCACGCCCACACCUUCUCCUGGUGCCUCUCCAGCUCCGCCUCACUCCGGCUCCCCGUCCUCAGUAGUGAGGAAAGCCCCCAUUUCCUCCCUGCUGCCCGUGUCUUCCCCCUUGCGCUCCCCGGAGCACAAGGCUGGGGGAAUGAAAAGCUUGACCUCUAACCUCUCUGCCCCGGCCACCAUCACAACAAGCAAACCCCUCUGGGCACCGCAGGAGAAUGACGCUCCUCUCAACCUCACACUGGAGGUGGACCCCAACAAGGACAUCGUUUGUCAGCUGUGCGGCGCCUGGUUUGAGACCCGGAAAGGCCUGUCCAGCCACGCUCGAGCCCACCUGCGGCACUUUGGGGUGGAGUACUCCGAAUCCAAGGGCUCUCCCAUCGACCUCCUGAACCAGCUCAUCGAUACCGACGACUUCAAGCACAAAGCCAGUGCACUGCAGCUCGACAGCCACACGGAGCCGCGGGGCCUCACGACCACGCUCUCCUCCACGAAGCAGUCCUCCUUGCUGAGCCUCUCCUCCUCCUCCACAUCCUCCUCCUCCUCCUCCCUCCUCUAUAAGGCGACCACAGCUGGGGGUGGGACGACAUCCAAAGCUACCUCUUCCUCUGCCUCAUCUUUACUUGGCCCACCUGCCAAGCGUCUCAAGUCUUCUUCCAUGCGGGUCUUCCGCCUGAGUAGUGGGGAGCUCAUGGCCCUUCCGCACAGUGAACCUCCGAAGGAAAUAGGCUGUGAGUUCUGUGGGGAAUACUUUGAGAACCGUAAAGGCCUCUCCAGCCACGCCCGCUCCCACCUGCGCCAGAUGGGCAUCACUGAGUGGUCUGUGAACGGCUCGCCGAUCGACACCCUGAGGGAGAUCAUCACAAGACGGGGCCUGCCUUGCGCUCUUCCUCUGAAACCUCUCAAAACUCCGCCUCCGUCCUCUCCGGGUCCCCCUCGCUCACCCCUGUCAACCUCCUCCUCUCCUUCAGCCACCCUCCUCAGCCGUCUACCCUUCGCCUUCGCCCGCCCCUCCAGCCCUCCCCAGCCCGCGGUGUCCAAACCGAGCUCAGCUCCGCCAGCGUCUUCUAGCGGGCUGAUCCUCAAGCUGAAGCCCGAGCCGGUGCAGCUGGAGGUCACCACGCCGGGAGCUGUGGGGAGGUCUGCCGGCUUCUCUGGUGAACCUCUCAACUGGAGCAGCUCUGACAGUGCGCUCCCCCUCAAUUUGGCCAUGGCCCAUGAGGUGGAGCCUACCAGAGAUAUUCGCUGUGAGUUCUGUGGGGAAUACUUUGAGAACCGCAAGGGCCUCUCCAGCCACGCCCGCUCCCACCUGCGCCAGAUGGGUAUUACUGAGUGGUCUGUCAACGGCUCGCCCAUCGACACCCUGAGGGAAGUAAUGCACAAGAGAGGCGUAGGCGCCUCCUCUUACUCGGACCAGGGAGUGAAGAAGGAGUCGAGCCAGGGAGCCAACAGUCCAAGUCCAUGGGAGAGCACGGGGGGCACGGCCAGUUCGGAGGGCGUGGGCGUUUCAGGCUAUCAGUCCUCCAAAUUCCGCAAAUCCCCUCUCAGUUUGCUGCAGUCAGGGUCAAGGCUACACAAGCAGGGCCUGGGGUCUGUGGGCACAUCUGCUACCCCACCUGCAGGGAAGUUCUUCAGGAUUUCCCCGCUGGGGAAAAGGCCUUUGUCUGAGGAGGCUCAAUCAGUGGAGACUGGCCACUCACCACCUCAUCAGCUGAAGACUUUCUCACCACAGCCACAUGAUUUCUCCUUCAAAAGAAAACCCUCCCCAGACAAGCACAGGCACCAGGAUCCCAGUUGUGAGCUGUGCGGCUUCUACUUUGAGAACCGCAAGGCUCUGGCGAGCCACGCUCGAGCCCACCUGAGGCAGUUCGGUGUGACUGAGUGGUGUGUAAAUGGAUCCCCCAUCGAGACGCUUAGCGCCUGGAUGCGCAGCAGGCCGCAGAAGGUGUUGGAGAUGCAUCGUAGCUACAUGCAGGGUAGCCGCUCCACCCUCAAGAAGAAGAGCAGCUCACCUCUCACUGCGUCAGCAGAUUCUGAUCGUGUCCUCCCCAUCUCAUCGCAGAAGGCCUCCUCCUCUUCCUCCUCCUCCUCCUCCUCCUCCUCCCAGUGGUCCUCGUCUUUGGCCGUGAGCCUGGUCCGACCGCUGAGCCGCGAGGUCAGCCAGGAACCUUCCAAGACUGCCGAGGAUGAAGCCGGUGCCAGUCCACUGGCCGCUCCCAUCAGGCCAGGCCGCAGCAGUCCGGGCCUCUCGCGGCUCGCCGGCAACCUCCCGCUACAAGCACAGGUGGCACGCAGCGAGCUGAACGUGCGCCUGCCCAGAGGGUUCGAGCGUCGGCCCUUGAAGCACCCGUCUUGCCCGGAUGGGACAGAGAGAGACAGCGGCCCUCCUAAGCCCCCCCGCACAGGCACCGUCCCCGCCCUGGUGCCCAAACCACCUUCCUACCCACUGGUCAAACUGGUGGGCAAGUUCUACACCCUGAAGUGCCGGUUCUGCGAGGUGGAGUUUCACGGUCCGCUGUCGGUGCAGGAGGACUGGAUCAGACACCUCCAGCAGCACAUCCUCAAGAUGAACUACAACAAGCCUGCUGCGUCCAAAGCAGCCUCUGCCGGACCCCCUGCCCCAGCUGAUGACCCAGCCCCGGUCCAGGCCUCUGCCCCAGCCUCCACCUCUACCUCUAGUACCACCUCUACCACACCUGCCCUCACCUCCACCCCGACCCUCACCACAGCCCCCAGCAGCCGCUCCCCUACGCCUCUGGCCGAGCGUGCUCCGCCUGUCACUGCCACAGAGAUAGUAAAGGUCUCAGAGGAGCAGCCCGCCCAGUCUCCAGCCUCUGUUGUCCUCCCCACCCAGACAGCGUAAGCUCAAACUCAUCGGUCAUUUGGCCCCUUUUGUUGUGUCCUGCCUUUGCAAUUUCUUUUCAUCCAUCCGAUUCUUUCCUUUGGCCUUCACAAAGUGUUGUUGAGGAGGAGUGUUUCCCCUCCAAAGGGCCCUCUGAGCACCUUUGAAGCAGCUUUCUAGACUGUUACUAAGUCCCGUUACCAUGGGAACGAAGCUCUCCUGGCUUAUCUGUGCACCGGGGAUGGAUGACUGUGGAAGGAGUCCAAGGUUACGAGGAGAGAUGAACCAAUGUGUUGUGUUUGCCUUGUUCAUAUUGAAUGUUCAGGUGAUGAAAUUGGACCGUUGCUGUACCUCUCCUCCCAUUCACUGGGCGAUUUAGGGGUUAAUGUAGCCCAUUAGCAACCUUCAACCCCCCCUCCUUCAUCUACGACAGUCCCCCCCCCCCCCCCCCCCCCCCCCCCCCCCCUUCCCCCUUUAUGAACAGUGCGUUACUAAGACCUGUGAGGCUUUGGCCACUUCUAUCGGCAUGCUGGUAGCUCUGGCCACAGCCUCUCACCUGAAGGUCCCGACUGAGAUUGACAUUUCUAAUCAUGCUAGUGUUGUGGUUGAAACAUGUGAUAACACUAAAAAGAGGCACUUUUAAUGUUGACAUUGUCACUGAGCACUUACUGAAAGGCCCAGCGAAGCGGGCGAAAUUUGACUAAUUCCGAUUGGUUAAAGGAGCAAGAAGUGGAAGCACACCCAAAAAAGGGAAGAUCCCCCCUAGUAAACUAACUCUAAUGUAAUACUGACCCCCAAAUAUACAUUGUUUGAAUGUAGCUUAAAGCACCUAUUAAUACCAUAUAUGCACACAUUCAUACACAGCCAGACACGUGCCCCGCGCCACCCCGGCGCUGAUCGUUUGACCGUCAUGGCGUUACUACUCCACAGUCUGCUGCUUUCAGCGGAGAGGGCUGCCGUUGUGUUGAAGGCACGACUUAAGGUCACACAUUUCAAGUUGUUCCAUUCACACUGCUGCCAUUUUCUUCCUGCCUUUUUCAACCCAAAUUCGUAUUUAUUUAUUGUUAUUAUGCAUCUGAAUGUGGUAAGCUAGGUCCUUCUGAAGCUUAAGUAGAACUUUGGAAUGUCUGGAAAUAGGUCGGCGGUGCACUUUUGCACAGGUGCACGGUGUGUGUGUGUAUGUGUGUGUGUGUGUGUGUGAUAGUAUGUAUGUUUGUGUACAUACAUAGCAAAUGCGCAUUUGUUUCCCAUUCUGAAGAGACAGACAGAAGUAAAACUGCUUGACGGGAAGACGCCUCCAUAGCUCAAAGUGAGCUAAAUGGGGGAGCCUGUCUGUACGUAGUCUGAUCAGGACUUAUAUGCAUCCGUCGUCGUGUUAGGAUGUGCCAAAGAGUCUGUUUACUUCCUUGUCUUGCCUCUGUAAAAGCUGUUUACAUUGGACCUGAUGGUGGAGGAAACUCUGCACAGCUAUCGAGUUCCCCAAGGCUCCACACUGAACAAUGGACUGAAGCGGCGGUGAUCUGCAUCCACUACACGCACCGCCGAGUUCCCCCAGUUUGAGAGACUCAGGCUCCUGGAGCGGCUUGAUGGGACUCGCGUUGUUACUGUAGGGUUAGAUUAUUCCAGUCAAACAUGAACACAAGCCAAACUCGAAUUCACGCAGGGCUCCUGAGAACUGUCGCCCCCCCUUGUCCAAACACAGAAACACGUCUGACCUCGGGCUCCUGAGGCUGAAGUCUGUUUCUUUCUGCAUUGCUUCAGAGUGCGUUCAUAUCAACCCACAACUGAAGCAAUAACCAAAGGGUCCAUGUAGGCUGACGACCUUUUAAAGUUUGUUCCAGCGUUGCCCAUGUUUGAAACAUGACUGUUCGAUCCAAACGAUACCCAAACCCUUUUAUGGAGUAUAGAUACAUACUAUAUAACUACAUGUACUUAAGAAACUGUUGAUGCUAGUAGAGCUAUCAGCAGUUCUAUUAGCAAGGUAGUUAAAAAAAUAAGUGAUCUUAAUUCCUCUAUCGUGAUUUGAUUUAAACCUUUGAUGCUAUGUAUUUUUUAUUGCUCUGUGCAUUUCUGUAUUUGCAGUCCUGCAAGGUGAAUUUAGAGUAUUUUUUAUUUUUAUCUGUUAGUCUCUCCAAGCUGAAACUUUGGUGCUGGCGAGAGUGUCGCAGGUCGGGAGCUGGCGAGUGAGUGAGCGUGAGGGAAUCGUUUUAGUGUGAUUGUCACGUCCUGGUAUCAGAGGACUCUAAUAAGCAGGUCUCAAAGGGGACCACUGUGCUCGGUGAGAUAUGAUCCUCUCUCUGCAUUCACAGGGUAAUAGAUGCUGCAGCCUGUUGCAGGGCUGUGGCCGCAUUACUGCGUAAGAUGUGAAUCAGAGGCCGGCGCAUUAGUGUUCCCUUUUAAGAUUACCUGACUAAGCCUCAGCUGGUGUAACUGGCUGUUGUGUGUGUGUGUGUGUGUGUGUGUGCGCGCGUGCUCGUGUGUGUGUGUGUGCGCGCGUGCUCGUGUGUGUGUGCGCGAACGGAAGCGUGUAAAAAGACAGUGAGAUGACAAUGACGACUAAGAAGAAAAAGACACAGUCAAGAACAGAACUGUACUGUACACAAAGGGUUAAGUUUUAAGUGAAUCAACUCCAGAACAAACAAUAAAUGUGAUUUCAAUUUCAAUUUCAGACACUGAAUUGUUGCCUUUAUUGUGAC